AUGACUGUCGAGUCUGAUUUUUCCUCAAAAACACAAGGGUUCAUAGAAUGCCUUACCAAUAAUGGAGUUACGAUUUCUUCUAAAAUUGAAAUUGCUGAUCUUAGAUCACAACACCAAGGCCGUGGGAUAAUCGCUGUUGAAGAUAUCAAAACUGGAGAUGCUCUUUUCACUCUUCCAAAGGAUUCUAUAUUAAACUACGAGACUUGUGAAGCCUUCAUGAAACUUGAUGAAGGGAAAGCUAACGAGGUUCUUGAACAAUAUUCGCAGUGGGAAGUCUUGAUCUUGUGUAUUUUCUAUGAGUUAUCCAUAAAAAAAAAGGACAGUAAAUUUUAUGGAUAUUUCCAGGUACUACCAGAAAAAUUCGACAAUUUGAUGUUUUGGAAUGAUGAGGAAUUAGCUGAAUUGAAACCAUCAUUUAUAGUUGGUCGUAUUGGGAAGCAAGAGUCGGAAGAAAUGUACGCAAAUUUACGUGAUAGUGGCUUGAAGGAUCUUGGACUUGAAACAUAUGUGGAAGAAUUCACUAUUUCCAAUUUUCAUCGGAUUGCAUCUUUGAUACAGUCUUAUUCAUUUGAUGUUGAAAAAGCUCUUUAUAACGAAAAUAAGGAUAAAGGAGAAAACGAAGAUGAAGAUGAAGAUGAAGAUGAGGAAGACGUUGAAGAAGAACCUAUUAAAGCAAUGGUAUGUUUGGCGGAUACACUUAAUGCUGAUACUAAUUUGGUGAACGCUAACCUUACGUACGAGAAUGGCUCAUUGGUAAUGAAAGCCAUUAAGAAUAUUUCUAAGGGAAAACAAGUGUACAAUACAUAUGGUGAGCAUCCAAACGCAGAAAUCUUGAGACGUUAUGGCUAUGUUGAAUGGAAGGCCUCAAAAUAUGAUUUCGGGGAAGUGGCGCUUGAUAAUUUGAAAAAAGUUUUCAUUGAAAAUUAUGGUGUAUCAAGGGAAGUUAUCGAGGAAAUUUUGAAGAUUAUUUCUAAGGAUGAGGAGUUCAAUGAAAAUUUCGUAGAUGAGGUGCAACAAGAUGAUGAGACCGAAGAAGAGAAGGAGGAGAGUGAUGAAGAAGACGACGACAACAAAAAUGAAAUUAUUAAUGAAGUUUAUGAGUGUUAUAUUGAUGGUGGAAUAUCUCCAGAAUUCUACUUUAUCAUACAGAUCUUAACUAGUGUAUUAUCUGUUGAAAAUGACGAAAUUUAUAAGAUGAAAUACACACAGCUUGCAAAUUUGGAAGAAAAAAACAAAUUCAUUAAACGUUUCACAAAGAAGAUUUUGCAAUUGAUUAAUGCAAACAAGAUCACUGUGGCAGCCGAAAAAAACUAUCAAGAUAUCUUGGAUUCCAGAUUAUCAGAGUAUCCUGCAAUGAUUGUUGGUACUAGUUCCAAAUUGGAUGUACCAAAAGAAUUUUCUCGCAAAGAGAUGGCACAUUGUGUUCUUCGUUGUGAAAUUAAUUCUAUCAGGAGAUGCAAGACAUACUUUACUGAUAAGAAGUUUACAGCCGUACCAGACGAAAAAUUGCUUAGAAACCUCAUGAAGAAGUAUAUUGAGUUUGAAGGUGGAGAUAAAAAGAGAAGAAAGACCAAGAAAUGA